GAACGUCAUGAUGGAGGAUCACCAGCCACCAAUUAAAGAAGAGAGAACAACUCCCAGUCCUCUUCUUCUACAUGAUGAGAGAUGUCCCAGUCCUCUUCUUCUACAGGAUGGUUCAGAAGAACAUCAAAGCAUUCCAUAUGAUGAUCAGAUAGAUGGAAAUAAGCUUUUAAAUCUGGGUAAAGAUCUGACCAAUAUUAAGGCUGAAGAUACAGAUGUGAAGAGUGAUGAGCAGAUUAUAGAGGACAUUCCCACCGUUAACCACCCAGAUGACUGUACCAGGAGCUCAGAGAAACAUGUGAUAUCAGAUUUCAGAACAGACGAUUGUGAUGUCACAGAAGAUGCACAUGAAGAGCAUGCCAUUAUUGCAGAUGUAUCCUCAGCUAUUCACAGCAAAGAUCUAUUAUCAGAUCCUUUGGAUGGAUUUCAAUCUUCUGAUUUAUCACAGACUGUUAAGCAAAUUAAAAGCCACAGAAGAAGUGUUAAUUAUCAAAGAAGUCACACAGGGGAGAAUGCUCUUUCAUGCUCAGAAUGUGGGAAAUGUUGUAAAUCUAAAUCAGCUCUUAUUAGACAUCAGAGAACUCACACAGGAGAGAAGCCAUUUUCAUGUUCAGAAUGUGAGAAAUGUUUUCAGCAGAAAUCAAAUCUUCUUAACCAUCAGAGAAUUCACACAGGGGCAAAGCCAUUUUCUUGUUUACAAUGUGGGAAAUCUUACACACAGAGAUCAUCUCUUGUUAUACAUGAGAGAAAUCACACCGGGGAGAAGCCAUUUUCUUGUUUAGAAUGUGGGAAAUGUUUUACUGAUAAAUCAACUUUUGGUAAACAUCAGAGAAGUCACACCGGGGAGAAGCCAUUUUCUUGUUUAGAAUGUGGGAAAUAUUUCAUAUGUAAAUCAAAUCUAGUUGUACAUCAGAGAAUUCACACAGGGGAGAAGCCAUUUUCAUGUUCAGAAUGUGAAAAAGAUUUUAACAGUAAAUCACAUCUUGUUAGACAUCAGAGAAUUCACACAGGGGCGAAGCCAUUUUCUUGCUCAGAAUGUGGGAAAUGUUUUACUAAUAAAUCAGCUUUUGUUAUACAUGAGAGAAAUCACACAGGGGAGAAACCCUUUUCUUGUUUAGAAUGUGGGAAAUGUUUUAAAGAUAAAUCAACUCUUGUUAAACAUCAAAGACGUCACACAGGGGAGAAGCCAUUUUCUUGCUCAGAAUGUGGGAAAUGUUUUACUGAUAAAUCAGCUCUUGUUAUACAUGAGAGAAGUCACACUGGGGAGAAACCCUUUUCUUGUUUAGAAUGUGGGAAAUGUUUUAAAGAUAAAUCAACUCUUGUUAAACAUCAGCGAAUUCACACAGGGGAUAAGCUAUUUUCUUGUUUAGAAUGUGGAAAAUCAUACACACAGAAAUCAUAUCUUGUUAUACAUGAGAGAAGUCACACAGGGGAGAAGCCAUUUUCUUGUUUAGAAUGUGGGAAAUCAUACACACAGAAAUCACAUCUUGUUAUACAUGAGAGAACUCACACAGGGGAGAAGCCAUUUUCUUGUUUACAGUGUGGGAAAUCUUAUACAAAGAAAUCAUAUCUUGUUAAACAUCAGAGAAUUCACACUGGAAAGAAUCGAUUUUAAUGUUCAGAAUGUGAUAACUGGAGAUGAACGAACUUUAGAAAAAUUCUAUUCUGCAGCUUGGUCAAAGUUCAACAAGAAAUUUGAUUUGUCCUGAAUUAAUUUGUCACGAAUCACUAUGUUAAAACCUCAUUUAGCCUAUCAAUCAACGAGACCAUUUUUAACGGCCCCUUAGACCGAAGUGCACCCGUCUAACAGCCAUUAAAAACAGUAAUACGCUCAUAUGCACAUAUGGCCUUUAAGGUUAAUAGAAAAUCACUCACCUCAUCCAUUUGCUCGCACAGGGGCUGUCUUCUUUUCUCUUAAUUGAAAAAGACCAGCAGAAGUACCUGCGCUUAGUGUGAUGACUUCACCAUGUGAUCAUGCUGCGAGAGCACGGUGACAUCAUCACACUGAGUGCAGGUCCUUCCACAGGUAUUUUUUAGUUAAGAGAGAAGCAGACUGCCUCUUUGCGAGCAAGUGGAUGGGGUGAGUACAUUUUUUAUUCUCCUGUUUUUUCUAAGACAACUCCAGCCACCAUUUUAGGAAAAAUUAUUCGUUAUCGCGAAGCCCAAAGAAAUUUGGCUUCAUUUAAAAUAGAUUUUAUAUAUUUUUUUUCCUAAAAUUCAGACUGAAUUCCACCACAAAUGGUUUACUUUGCUGAACACUAGUGAUAACCAUAAAACAGAUCUUGUUAGACAUCGGAGAAUCCACACGGGGAGAAAUUAUUUUCAUGUUCUGAAUGUGUAAAUUGAAAUAGAAUUAAGUCAAGUCUUAUAACACAUCAGUGAAUUCACACAGGGCCGAAGCCACUGUCAUGUUCAGGAUGUCAUCUGUAAUUGCACAGCAAAGAGCUUACAGAGGAAAAAUGUUUUUCUACCAAGGGAUUUUUAUUUUAUUUUAACUUCCAAGAGCUAUAACUUUGAUUAAUUUUAUG